AUGCCUGCCCUGAAGACCCUGCUGGCCCUGGCCCUGGUCACGUCCCUGGCUGGAGGAAGUCCCUGGGCUGGGUGUCACCAGUGUUUGACUGUCGGGGCACUGGGGGCUCUGGGACAGUGCAUUGCUGUCACUCUCACUCCUUCUCCUCAUCUUCACCCAGGCAAAGCUCUGAAAUGCCACAAAUGUGUGGCAUCCAACGAGAACGACUGCAACCAGCAGGGAUCCCACAGCUGCCCCCAGUACGCCGACGCCUGCUCCACCAUCACUGCACCCAACAGCAUCAUUAAAUCCUGCUCCUACAAGUCCUUCUGUGACCAGGCGCGCCGCGGCGGCUCCGGCGGGGCCACCGUGCGCUGCUGCUUCAGCGACGACUGCAACGGGCCGGCUCGGGGCUCCCGGAACGGCGGGGGGACCAGCCUGCCACCCCCGGCCGGCCUGCUGGCCACGGUGCUGGCCGGGACGCUGCUGCUGGGCUGGCUCUGAGCGGCCAGGCCGGCUGCUCGCUGCUCUAGCCUAGGGACGGGCGGGGAUGCUCCGUGGGAGGGCUCCCAGCGCCGCCAGUGCAAUAAACGCUGCCGCUGAGAACCGCGUCCGCAGCCUCUCCUUGCCAGGGAAGCCAAACCCGCCAGAGAAAGCAGCGAAUGGA